AGCAGUUCUCACGAGCGCUGAUACCGAUUUUUCGUUGCUCAGAACGCAAACCCUUUCAACGACGACCGAGAUAAAGCACUGAAGAAGGAAACUCCAGCUCAAGUCUGUGGCUUUUCUUCGAGUAUCACAAGUCAGUGGAACUGAAAUUCAAGGUUAUCUGGGGUGAACAGAGCGCUCCACAAUGGACAGGCACAGCCCCGAUUCCCAGAUGUCUCACAAGGAACCGAGUCGCCUGCGAGCUCUGCUCCGUCGAUCUGUAACUGCGACGGCGUCGGUUCCUGUGGUUGGCCACGCAUCCUCUACUGCUUCCAGGUCAACGGCGCCGAAGCAAGGCAAAGAAAGCCUCAGAAAGAAAAAUGUACACUCUCCCGAGCAGCGCCAGCACAACCAAGCUUAUGCUAUGGAGCUACCAGGUACAGCCGCGUUCAAAGCAGUUGGGACUCCACCGGAAGAGGUACUGAACCCAACGAGCGUCGAACGCAGCGGACGACCCAUCAAUGGAAAGACUCCUGGCGCUGCGCCGUUAGGCGCGAGUGCCUCACCGGCGAACGAGAAGUCAGGGCAUGAUGGCUGUGCUGGAACCCAUGUGAAAAACAUCGGCAAGAAAAAUUCCGAGAGCCCUGUUUUCUUCGCCGAUCAAACACACCCAGGAAGUCACUCGCAGCGCUCUCCAAAGUACGAGGCUUCUUCACAUCCCGCACGCAGGUUGACGGAAGCAUCGCCAAUGCACCUGGGCGUCAAUUCUCCAAGCCCCAGUUCUAUGAGCAGUCCCAGUUUCUCGAACGGCCCAUUCCGCAAGAAGGUCCUGCAUCGUCGCCCCGGAGUGGACCUUCUUAGGACUGAGUUCGAUGCCCUCUUCAAAGAGAACAGGGCCCUGCUUGAGGAAGUGGAUGCAGUUAAACGCGAAAGUAUACCGAAAAAGUCCAUAUUUGAGCGUGGCGUCCAGAAUCUUCUCGCCGUGCCCUUGAAGCCACCUGCAUUCCACGGUUUUGCAGGAGGCACGACCAAAGUGAUACCGGGGCUUGUCGCAGAAGAUUCGUCGAAAGGUUUGCCAGGGCAAGUCUUUCCCACGGGUGCCUUCGAAACGGCGAGCCCGAACAUUGAGCAGACCUUCAACCGACGGGCCAUGAACAUAUUUAUUUUCGUGGCGGCCCUGCUCUUGGCGUCAGCUGUGCUCGUCAUGCUGCUGCUCAGGCUACAGGACCCCUACAGCAGCCAGCAAGCGCGGGUCUGCCUGACCAGCGACUGCCGUCUACACGCGCUCUACCUGUCCUAUCGGGUCAACAGCUCGGUCAGGCGCUGCGACGACUUCGAGGCCCACGUAUGCUCGGCCUGGGAGCCGCCCGAGGGCUACCGCGAGGUGGCCAAGACCGCCAUCAGUGAGGUCGUCAGGCGCUGGAUGCAUGAACUGAGGCACCUACUGCAGGAGAGCACUGCCGGAGGCACUGCGCGCCGCAAGGCUCUUUCUUUGCUGGACAGUUGUAUGGCCGACCGCAAAGCCACACCUCACGAUGCCGGAACGUUUCUAAAUUUCAUGAAGCAGUUAAACUUGUACUGGCCCUAUGAUCCGCCAGCGAAUGUGAGUGCCCUUGGCGUGCUCGUUCGCCUGGCCUAUAAAUGGCAAAUGACCUUCUGGAUGACGCUGCGGUUGGCCGAGGAUCCGGUGGCAAGAAAUCGGUACAGACUAAUUUUCUGCAGCGGCGACGAAGAUCAAAUGGUUUUCCUUAACAUGAACCACAAGCAGCUCCUGGAGCGAGAUGCCUACGUUCAGUACUGGAAGAGCCACUACGUGAUGCUGUACGGCGAAAACAGUACCAGCCGAAAUCCCUUCGUCACGCAGAUGUACGAGAGCGCCACGCUUCAGAGUGACGUCAUCCAGACGCUGCUGGCUGUGCUCAAAAAGAGCCCCAAGUCGCCAAUGUCUACAGCUGUAGGCAAGCUUGGAAAGUACACAGGCAGACGCCUCAAUUCGUCCAGCUGGUUGCGAUUCCUGCGCGAACACGUGAACCUUCGCUCCAACGGAUCCGUCUCUGAGGGGACGGAAGUGCUGGUCUCCGAUCCAAUGCUCCUCGAGUCAAUUGGGGCCCUCUUCUCCAAGUACAGCGACGCGGACUUAAUUCGCCAAAUGUCCUGGGAGUUCGUGCAGCUGCACGCAUUGACCAUCGACAAGACCCCGCUGGAGAUUGCCUUUUCCGGUCACUGGUACGCUAUGCCUCACGUGUCCGUGUAUUGUUCUCGAUACGUGGAGACCGUUUACAGACCUCUGCUCGCAUCCAUCUACGUGAGGAAGCACCUGAACGCCGACGACCGGCGCGCUCUGGACUCGGACAUGACGGGCCUAGUGAAUGCGGUCAUCAAGAAGGUCAACGGCUCGUCUCUGUUCGAAGCGCAGGGUAAGAGCGAGGCCGUGGAAAAACUUCGUGCUUUGAGCACCACUAUCUGGCCCGAGAAAAAGUACUUCGAUGACGAAACGCUGGAAACAACGUACCACUUGUUUCCGCAUGCCAGGGAGUCCUCUUUCUUGGUAAACUGGAUCCAAUCGCACCACGUGUUGCAUGAACUCAACGGAACUGGUCUGUACGAAGCCACCGUCAGUUUGCACAACAUGAUCUCCUUCUCGCUCGCCGACUACGACUACCUGACCAACGACGUCCGUGUAGCCAUAAGUGCCCUCACCAACCCGGUCUACUACCCCCGCGGCUCGCGUUCCAUGUUCUACGGUGGCCUAGGUUACCUGUACACCAGCCACGUAUUGAAGGCCAUCGACGAGACUGGGCGCAUGGUUCGGGCCAAUGGCACGGUUGCCACGCAGUCGAUGUUAUCGUCGGGAAAACAGGACGAGCCAGAAAAAUAUCGUCAUUGCCAGGAAGCUUACCACGGCGGAUCUCUUCUUUCGGACCUUGGCGCGCUCAAGAUAGCACACAAUACGUUUCUCGCCACAACAGCGGUAGACCGUGGCAAGGUCGUUUCCAGAAACUACACCGAGGAACAGGUCUUUUUCCUCACUGUGUGCCGUAUAUUGUGUGAGUUGCCGGCCCCUCAGUUCCACUCGACAACCUGCAACGCUCUCCUCAGAAAUUCGCCAGAGUUCGCCGAAGCGUUUAAUUGCCACCCCGGUUCACCCAUGAACCCAAAGGAAAAGUGUCAGUACUUGCACGGGUCUGAAAAUUGAAUGAGAUUACACAUAUGGUGUAAGUGUAUAUAUAUAAUAUAUAUAAAGGUUGCGUAUAAUACUUUCGGACAGGCGAAAAACAGGCUUUAAAAUUGUCUAGUUACUCAAGGAGAUCUGAGGACACAAGAUGUGAACACAUAACUCCUUUUAUAAGAAACAAGCUUUUUCUGCUUAUGAUGGCUGGUUUUAUUGAUUUCUGUAAAUGUGUGUCGCUGUGCUGAGAGGGCAUACGCAUUUUCUGUGUUUUAUGUUGCAUUUUAGUCUAUGGUUUUAGGCCACGUAUCUCAUUACCUACAUGCGAAUAGUUCUAGUCACCCUCUUCAUAUUACCAUGACCUGCAUACUAUAUUGACAUUUAUGCAAAAUAUGUAUGCAUCCUCAGCACCUUUGCGUGUCUCCGCAUGCAAAAAUGUUUCCAUAUACAAAUGGAAGCCAUAUGAAUCGAUGCUGUAGGUUAGAAGAUAUUCUGGGGUUUCACGUGUCAAAAACCACGGAAUGAUGCUGAGUACCUGGGGUUCUUUAACGUGCCCAAUGUACGGUACACGGGUGUUUUUUUUUUCGCAUUUCACUCUCAUAGAAAAGCGGCCACCGCCGCGGGGAUUUGCUGCCGUGACUUCGUGCUCAGCAGCGCAACGCCAAAGCCACUAAGAAACCACGCCGAAUAAUGAAAAGAUUGAUUCAGUGAUAUACAACUGACGGA